GACAGCUAUGGAUGACAGUGUUGUGUGACAGUGAUCGAGUGAUCAUAACCACACAUCCUAUAAUAACAAUUUGUACAAAAACAAUUACUUCUCUGAAUUACUUAAAGAGUAUUAAAUACAUCGUAAAGAUGUCUCAAACACAUAAAAGGACUAUAUAUGUAGGUGGUUUAGCAGAUGAAGUGGACGAAAAGAUAUUGAAGGCAGCUUUUAUUCCUUUUGGAGAUAUUGUAGACGUACAAAUUCCAUUAGAUUACGAAUCGGAGAAACACCGUGGAUUCGCCUUCAUUGAAUUUGAAGCUGCUGAAGAUGCAGCUGCUUCUAUCGAUAACAUGAACGACUCAGAACUUUUUGGUAGAACCAUACGUGUCAACUUGGCAAAGCCACAAAAAAUUAAAGAAGGGUCAACUAGACCUGUCUGGUCUGAAGAUUCAUGGCUGCAAAAACAUGCAGGGGAAACAAUUAAAGAUAGGAUGAUAGAAAAUGACCAAAUGAAUGAAGAGAUUGCUGAAACUACUGUAGAAAAUACCACUUCAAAAAAAGUAAAAAACCCUCAAGUGUAUUUAGACAUUAAAAUUGGGAAAACAGAAAUUGGCCGAAUAACUAUAAUGCUCAGGGAAGAUAUUGUUCCAAAAACUGCAGAAAAUUUUCGUUGUUUGUGUACACAUGAAAAAGGAUAUGGUUUUCAAGGUAGUACAUUUCAUAGAAUAAUUCCAGAUUUUAUGUGUCAGGGUGGCGAUUUUACAAAUAAUAAUGGAACUGGAGGAAAAUCAAUAUAUGGGCAAAAAUUUUCCGAUGAAAAUUUUCAACUAAAACAUACUGGCCCUGGUACAUUAUCUAUGGCUAAUUCAGGCCCUAAUUCAAAUGGCUCACAGUUUUUUAUUUGUACAGCUAAAACUGAUUGGUUAGAUGGAAAACAUGUAGUUUUUGGGCAUGUAAUAAGUGGAAUGGACGUAGUGAAAAGAAUUGAAAAAUGUGGUACAAAGACUGGUAAACCUACCGAUAAAGUAACCAUAUCAGCAUGUGGUGAAAUUCAAUAAAAAACAAAAGUAAUAAUGUACAGCAUGAGGAGAAUAACAUUCAUUAAGAGAAAGUUGUAUAAAUAUUUAAUAAGUAAAAAUUAAUAUGCAUUUGACAUGUACCUUUACUAUAUUUCAGUAACAAUAUAUUUUUAUUUCAAGACAAAA